AUGCAGAAAGUGUUGGUGGUCAGGAAGUCCAUACCAUUGGCUACCAUAGGGUUUUUUUUAUUAGCGAGAGUGAUCAUCUGGCUUCUGUUGCUGAAAAGUGACUGACUUGUUAGGAUAUCGAGUGCAGAGAGAAAAAAGCACAACAAUGAGAGGCCUGGUCUUCGUUGCUUUCGUUCUCAGUGUCAUCAGUGUUGGAAGAUGUCUUCCUACAAAUCUAGGUGCUCAUGCAGAAUUGUCUAAUGACAUGACUGCAGUUUUGUUACCUCAUGUCCAAGGAGAUGAGUAUGGGUAUGAUGACAUUGGCAAUGAGAUCUUGGAUCGAGAGGAGAGGGGUUUGUCCCCAUUGGGAUCAGGAUCUGGUCCUCUACCAGGAAACCUCUCAGGACUAACAGACGACGAAGACCUAGUCACCGAGUCUCCACAGUUAGCCACCAAACCAGAGGUACUCAAAUUGGCAAUAGCUUCUAAAAUAACGGCUCGGUUCUCAAGUACAGAGGUCCGAAGCAAACUUAAAAACAUAGAUAAGAAUGCAGCAGAAGCCAAGUUUACAAUCAGCCUUCCUGAUGACGCUUUCAUUAGCGCUUUCUCAAUGACCAUUGACAAUGUCAUCUAUCAUUCAGAAGUGAAGCCUAAGGAUGUGGCUCAGAGGGAGUAUAACGAGGCCAAAGCCAAGGGACAGACUGCAGGACAAGUUAAACAAAGUUCACCUGAUGAAAAUAAAUUCACGGUGUCCGUGACCGUGGAGGCUCGAAAAACUGUUCUUUUCAACCUCACAUAUGAACAACUGUUAAAGAGAAAAAAUGGCAUAUUCGAGCAGAGGAUAAGCAUUCAACCAGGCCAGAUGGUUCCGGAUGUUCGUGUAGAGGCUCAUAUCACGGAACCCCAAGGUUUGAAGGAAGUUAAUGCUUCAUGGGCGAUAGCAGACAAAUCGGAUGAAACAAAACUCAACAACAUGACUGAAGUACAGCUCAGACCUCGCUCUGCCAAGGUACUCUUUGAUUCGAGAGGAGAAGGAUUGCUUAUUACUUCCAACGGCAUCAUGGGAGAUUUCAUUAUCAAAUAUGACGUCAUGCAUGACGUCAAAGCAGGUCACCUCCAGAUCGUCAAUGGAUAUUUCGUUCAUUACUUCUCACCGGAAGGUUUACCGAAAACAAGGAAGAAUGUUGUCUUCGUAAUCGAUGUCAGUGGUUCAAUGCGUGGUCGAAAAAUAGAACAGACGAAAACGGCAUUCACUACGAUUUUGGAUGAUGUCCGUCCAAUAGAUCGCAUCAACAUUGUACUCUUUGAAUCGAGUGUUCGAGUUUGGAGAGCUAACCAAAUGGUGGAAGCUACCAGGGAAAAUAUUGCAACAGCUAAAAGAUACGUUAAUCGUCUCUCUGCAGGUGGAGGAACGAAUUUAUACGAUGGUCUAACGACUGCUGUCGAUCUCCUCACUGGAAACGACAAUGAUGAUGCCAUGCCCCUCAUCAUCAUGCUUACCGACGGUCAACCCACGUCGGGUGCAGUAACAAUUACAUCUGAAAUCGUGAAAAGAAUCACAAAUCUCAUCGAGGGUCGACUGUCUUUGUUCAGCGUUGGGUUUGGAAACGGGGUUGACUUUUCAUUUCUUGAAAAGCUAUCACUUUCCAACCAAGCUCUGGCUCGUAAAGUCUACGAGGAUUCGAGUGCUAGUGUGCAAAUGAAAGGUUUUUACGACGAAGUCGCGAAUCCACUCCUUUUCAACAUCAAUCUCGAAUACAGCAACAGAUUGGUUGACGAAGGCAGUCUCACGCAGUCGAAUUUCAUGGCUUACUUUGAUGGCACCGAAAUCACGGUCGCCGGCAAACUGAAAGAUGAAGUUAUCAAUGCUGUUUGGAAUUCAGCAAAUGAUAUGAAUGGACCUAUGACAGGGGAAAAUCGGGAUGAAUCUGAUCUCGUACGCAAUGAAACAAUCUUAGCUUCAGCUCAGCAUCCGAACACCAUUUCAAUUGUGGAUGGGAACGAAGAUGGCAUAUACCGUGAACCAUUCUGUGUCGUAAUCACUGGAAAGUCCCUCGAUGUUGAUAUCGAGUUCAAUACAUCCACAGUGAUAGAGAAAGAUAACUCUCUUAGUCGUCAUGAAGUCGAUGAUUUCGCACAGCGCCUGUGGGCAUACCUCACAAUUAAGAAUCUUCUUGAUGAACGAAAGACAGUCGACAACCGUAAGACAAAAGCAGCGAUCUCCGAACGGGCCCUCAAUCUCUCGCUCAAAUACCAUUUCGUUACACCUCUUACCUCGCUCUUGGUAGUCAAACCAGAUGAUGAUACCGACAUCCUUGCAGAAAGUGUCCCUGAGGUACCAAGUGAUGACAUGCAGAACCAGCAUUCAUCAUCUUUGUACAUAGCCCCAAUGGCUGCAGGGCCUGCGGGCCCUCAAGCCUCGUUCCCGCCUCAGCGAAGAUUAUUCAAAGGCCCAACAGGCAUGAGAGGACCAGGUCAUCCCCCAUCGAUGGCAAUUCCCAUGUCGCAUGCUUUUGCUGACAGCGAUCCACACUUCAUGGUUGAGAUUCCCCAGUCUGAUUUAAAUGUGUGUUUUGAUAUAAAUGGCGAUCCUGGUGAUGUAUUCAAUCUCCUGAACGACUCUAACUUCAAUCUGCAAGUAUCUGCGUAUGUCAUCCCUGUGGAAAACGAUGGCAUUCCCGAUCAAGGGAAGAACAGGACGUAUUUCGGCAAAAUCGGCGUCCUUUUCGGGACCGACCGGUACCUCGUUCUGACGCCUACCUACAUUGAAGUCAACAGCAAGGCAUUCAAACUCGACUGGGAUGACGACCUCUCAAUGCGCGUGGGUGACUUUGACGUCCAUAUCAGGAAUAAACAUAGAGUAGUGAUCAACCAUGGUGACGAUGUCGUGGUGGUGAUCAUGGCACAUCGCGUAAGACACGGAAAUAUCUUCCAGUAUGAGAGAGAAAGAGCUGCCAACCGUUCUCACCGCGUUGAUCACCUUGGGUUCUACGUGGAAAAUGGAAAGGGCCUUUCUAAAGAUGUCCAUGGACUGAUUGGUCAAUUUUACCGGAAGAAGGAGGUCCUUGUGUCUAGUUCAGUCACCACAACUGUUGACAUGUCGGGUGUACCUCUGCCAUUGGCCUCACCCAGUCAAAGCGCAACUCUCUUUAUUGACGACCGACAUGUUCCCGUGAAGCUCAUUAACCGUCGCAUACCUCUUAUUCGAGAUUAUAAGGAAUGUUGGCAUGCUGCUGAUAAUGCAAAGGGUCUGAUUGAAGGAGACUACACAGACUACAAGCUACCAUCACUGCUCACUCAUGUGGACAAACAUGGCAAAUGAGAGCUCACUCAACAAGACGAUAUCUACUUCCAAUGGUACUCAGACAUUAAUGGCAUUAAUGAAAAUUGUUUACGUACAUACGGCAGUAUAUUCAAAAUAAUUUGUACAAUAAUUUUGUAGGAGUGAUAUAUAGGUAAAAAAUAUACCCCAACAAAUUACUUCUUGAAUACUGUCUUGCCAAUGAAGGCCUAAUGAUGUACUAUCGGUGGAGUGGAACCUAAUCAAGUGAUUGGAAGAUGGCUUAUCCUACGCGCGAAAUACAUUGGUUUUGAGCAUUAAUUUUGUUAUGGGAAAAUGUUGCAUGAUCAAUGCAAGAAUAUAGGCCCACAGCAGUUCCAAUACAACCACUCAUGUGAAAGCACAUGAAGGACUCUUUAACCGCUUCCAUAAUUUUAGAAACACUGUACAAUGUGUUAAUUAUCUUAUGGCUGGUCUUAUAGAUUUGAGAUUUGUUUGGGUAAUUAUUGAUACCACCACUCGUGUUCAAAUGAAACAUAAAUUUUACAUAAUCAAUAUGUUACCAUUGUUAAUGAUUGCGAUGAGUACUGUAAGCAUCAAUAACGAUAUGAUACUCCCUAAUCUCCAUUGAAAGAAAGAUAUCAUUGAGUAUAUAUUCAAAUAUCAGUAGAUCGUUUUGAUGAAGCCUUUUACUAAAUUUGUCUUAUUAUCUAGGAGAAAAAAAAGAUUUCUUAUACUUCCAAAGCAGAGUGAUUUAUCCAGCCUUUCACUUUACCAUUUACUUCAUUAAGCCCCAGUCACAUAUAGACACGGAUUCUCACGGAUCAACACGGCAAUGCCGGCAUGAUCCGGGGAGGUCCGGGAUCGUUUUGCCCCGGAUUGAGCGUUGAUGACUGUAAACACGGUAUCUACACGGCAUCUUCACACGGAUCUACACGGACCAUGCCGGCAGAGCACGUCGUCAACACGGACCAACACGUCAGCAACACGGACCUACACGUCAGCAACACGGACCAACACGUCAGCUACACGGACCAACACGUCAGCAACACGGACCAACACGUCAGCUACAAGGACCAACACGGACCAACACGUCAGCAACACGGACUUACACGUCAGCAACACGGACGAACACGUCAGCUACAUACACGGACCAACACGUCAGCUUCACGGACCAACACGUCAGCUCAAGGACCAACACGGAAGCUAUAUUGACCAGCACGUCAAAUGAAAAUCUGCUCAUAAUAAUGAGCUGAUAUUUAUUUUAUUUUUUUAUUUUUUCUCAUCCUUGUCGCAACAUUAUAUUAUGUUGUUUUAAAAAAAAAAAUCAAAACUCAAAACUUCCUUAAUCAGUAAGAACGCUGUUUUUUUUUAAUACAACACAGUUUACUGUUUUAACAGUAGUUGUUGAGUACUUUAAAUCUUGAAUGACAAAUUUUAUUUUGAUUUGAUUUGAUAUCACUUUAUUGAAAUCAGAAUAAAGGAAAGAAAUUUACAAAGUCAAUAGAAAACAUAAUAAGAAUUAAAAUAGGCCCAGAUCAUGACGCAUAACUGUCGAUGCAGGGCAGUAGUAUGAAACUUAAUGUACAAUUUCGAUGUAACAGGUACAUAACAAAUACAUAUAACAUAUAAAAAAAUGAAAUGUGAAAUAAUAAUAACAGACAAAGUUGGGGGUAAAUAUUAGAGAAAAAAAAGAGAAAAAGAACUAUUAAUACAUGCACUAAGUUUACAAAUAUUAGGUUGGGGCCAAUCUCCACAGCGUAAGAAAGUAUCCUGAAUUAUUCAAUUAUCCAUUUAAUCAUAAAUAAAUUAAGCAUGUUUGUGCCAACUGUUUAACUACUGAAAAGUUCAUAAAGUAAAUAGCGUUGUAAAUAUUUGAUGGGGAAAAAGAACACGGACUGCCAAGGAUACUCCAGGCAGCCACACGGACCUACACGGCAGCUACACGGACCUACACGGCAGCCUCACGGACCUACACGGCAGCUACACGGACCAUCCCGGAUGGCUUUGCCAACCCGGCAGUCCACGGAUGACGCCGGAUGUUUUUGACAGUCAAAAACUGCCGUGUUGGCCUCCCGGACGUUCAAGGACCAACACGGACCACCCCGGACCUCCAAGGAUGCCCAAGGCGCCAACACGGAUCUCUCCCCGGACCACCCCGGAUCAGAUCCGGGACGGUCCGGGGUGGUCCGGGGUCUAUAUGUGACUGGGGCUUUAUGAAGUUACUUUCUGUCAUUCUUUAUAUUGUCUGAAUGCCUGCUUAAUGACUUUCAAGCAUGGGCGGAAAUCCCAGGGGGCGGACGCGUCCCCCUACCCAAAAUAGUAGGGGGACACACCCGGGGGACACAAUAUCAAUGUCCCCCCACUGUAUGUAUUUUAGACGAAAUUACCUUACUUUUUGGGUGAUAACCUUUCUUUUUACCUUUGGGGAGAGAUUCCGCCCUUGCUUUCGAGAUGACUUAUCUCGAAAUGGUAUAUGAUCCAGCAUCGUCCCGUUAAUUUCACGCUAAUCUUCCUCCCUGGACCUGCACCCGAAUGACCUGUCCUAUUCAUUCCGUCCUCUCUCCCUCUCUUCUAAAUCCCCUACCUCCUUUUGGUGUACUGUAUUAUGAUGUGGGGUUAUUUGUAGUGUAAGUGCAGUAUAUUUGCACCGUUUUCAUGCAUAGAAUGUAAAUAAAAGCGAACAUAAUGCCAUACCAUCCAAGAAGUAUUAAUGAAUUUAAUCUAGUCCGAAUAUGCAGUUUUCUGUGUGUAUUUUGACGAUCUUUUUCCAAAGGUUUUUAUAUUUUGGAGCUUCGUUAUUUCGAAGGUUCAUAGGUUCGAAACCGAAGGUUUGAUAAUUCUAAAAAUAAGUUAUUCCGAAAAAAGAGGAAAAGACACCGUCAUUAUUCCAAAAAUGAAAUAGAGUUGUCCUUGUCACGGUGACAAAUAGGAUGUUGAAAUAACUUUCUUUUUAAGAAAAACCCACAUAAUAUGCAACGCGUGGAAGGAUUGUACUAUGUAAUCAUGCUCAACUACUGAAGAUAUUGUGUUUUUAUGGUAUUGUUUGUGAUAAUUGAAAUAUAAAGCCGAAGGCUUGUAAAUAAAACUUGAAGGCGUACAGCUA